CGGGAGCGGCGACCCCCGUCGAGCCUCCCUCAGAGCUUCUCCCGCUGGAAGAUGUGCCUCAGGGAUUCGCCUCUGUCCCUCCCAACUGCUCAUUAGUAAUGAAACGCGUGUCCGUUAUGUAAAACGACGAGGAGACGGUGGAUGAAGUAGUCGACCGCCGAGUGAAGAUGGAAUCGCGCGAUCGUUGCGUUCGUUGUCGCGCUAAAUCGAUCGUCCGCGAGAGCGACGACCCCCGCGAGCGUUGCCGAUCCAAGCACGCUUUGGAAAAGCGGACGAUCCUCUCUCCGAGAAGACACACGCCUGAAUGUCCCCAACUUCAGACGACCCCCGAGGAAGACGAACGGCAGAAUGAAAUCGCUUCCUGCGUUGACAAAUUCGCUCUGGCGAAGCGGUUGCACGCGGAGAACCUGCAGCACCAGCCGCUUCCAGAUCGGGUGGACGAUUCCGUAUUCAGGAAAGAAUGUCGCGUUUGUUCACCCAGCUGUGGGCGAGACGCCAAGUGGAACCCCGAUUGUGCAAAACUUACGACAACGAGGGGGGAGGAUCGUUUGUUUGGACCCGCGCUCGGCUGCAAGAAACCGGAAACUCGAAUGGACCUGGCAAUCUGCUGGGAGACGCCGCUAAACUCGGUGUACGAGCCGCGCAGGUCGACGCAUAUCGACGGUUCCGAGGGUGGCAUGGCCCCAGCGAUCUUUGCCAUGAUCCAGCACACGCCGGUGCCGAAGAAUCGCGAGCUUCUGUCUCGAAGCGAGGAGGACAAGUGCAAUUGUGCGAGGCAGAACCGGGCGGAGAAAGACUCGAGGAAAAAUCAAUGCUGCUGCAACCGUUUUUGCAACGAACUCCGUGGUGAACGGCGAUGCGAGAAGCCAUCAAGAUCGAAUUCCGUGCCGCGCAUCACCGAGCGCAAGUGUACGGCCUGUCGGGACGGUAGAACGGAAACGGAACUCGAGCGACGAAGAAGAGAUCCGAGGCUCAUCCGGUCUGCGGUGGGCGUCGCGCUCGGUCUCGAGGAAAAAGUUUGGCCGACGACGGGCGAUGACGUCAAGUGCAGGAAUGGAUUGCCACCGACGAGGAUGACGGUACCGCGGCCAAGGACUCCGUUCGCGAGACGCGCCUUCUGCAUCGACACCUUGGCACCGCCGUUCAGCGUGGUGAGCGGCUGCCGGGACGCCGAUUAUCCCGAGCACUGGCGACUCAUGUCUGUGUACCAGCAGUCGUACAGAAACCCAGAAAAACGAAAGGCUCGCCGCUUCUGAUCAGGCUGGAGAUAAUCCUGACAAAGGGGACUUAAAGUUGCUGUUCGUUAAAGAAGAUUUCUAUACCGAGCGAUUAUUGUUAUUUGUUGAUCCGUUGCAAUAUAGCGAGAAGAAUAAUACUUUGUUCAAGUUUCGAUCGUUAAAGAAAUAAUUAAUUCUCAGUAGGCUGUUUUUCAUAGAGUAAUAAAAUGUUGCCGUUUUGUGUAUAAUUAGUAGUGAAAUAUAAGUAAGAUUAUUGAAAAGUUAUAAAAAUGAGAGCGCAGUUAAUAUAUUAAACCUAAGGCAAAUGAAGAGAAUAAAAUAAAUUCCUGAUACGGGCUUUCACGACA